AUGACGGACGCCUUGAUUAUCAACACUUAUGCAUCAUGGAAAAAAGAAUUCUUUUUUGCAGGAUUAGCUUGGGUCUUUUCAGCAUCAUCAGGUCAUGUGUUACACCAACAGAGCAUAUUCGAAGAUUGUGUCAACUCAGCUCAGAUGGCGGUUGUCUUAGCGAUAAGGGAAGAUAUACGCCAAGCCAAAGCACAAGGCUUCAACAACGUCAUCCUCAAGUCAGACGCUCAGACAUUAGUCCGAGCCAUUAACAAUCGAGAAUCAAUCAAGGAUCUCUUUGGAAUUCUUCAUGAUAUUCUUAAGUUAGCUUUUGACCUCGAUGUAAUCUCCUUUCAUUAUGUUCCUCGUUCAGACAAUAGGGCAGCUGAUGAACUCGCCAAGAGCGCGCUUCUCAACUACUCCACCUAUUUAUCAUUUGUAAACCCUUAUUUAAGUAAGAUCAUCUCCAAUGGGGGUUCUUCCUAUUGGAGUUCUUAA